AUGGUUAAUUCAUACCAGAGAUUUGAGCAGCGAAGUUUUUUCGGUGUUAUUGCAUCGAAUAGCAAUUGUGUUUGGAUCCCGACAGAAGGGUCCAGGACAUCCCCAGGACAAAUCAUAACUAGUUCACUAGAAAAUAUCAAUUGCUGGGAUAUCAAGACUGGGAACUUGUUGAAGACCCUCAGUGAUUCUAUUCCCCCUGGUUCAAUUGAUGCUAAAUAUGAAAAACCAGCAGAAGUCGCAUAUUUAGAAUAUCAUCACGAGACCAAUUUGUUGGCCGCUGGUUAUGCCGAUGGUGUCAUUAAAAUCUGGGAUAUGCAGACGCAAACUGUGUUAAUCAUUUUCAACAGUCAUACGGCUGCAAUUACCUUUUUGAAGUUUGAUCCUUCCGGUACAAGGCUAAUAUCAGGAUCUCGUGAUUCGAAUAUCAUUAUUUGGGAUCUUGUGGGUGAGGUUGGACUAUGUAAAUUACGUUCUCAUAAAGAUUCUAUCACAGGUAUUUGGUUUGAAAACGAUGAUUGGUUAAUUAGUACUUCUAAAGAUGGGUUGAUAAAGGUUUGGGAUAUAAAAUCGCAACAAUGUGUGGAGACGCAUAUGGCACACACGACCGAAUGUUGGUCUCUAGCUAUUUCAGAUGAUUUAGUUGUGACAGCGAAUGCGGACUCUGAAUUAAAAAUUUGGGAAUUGGAUCUAGAAAGAGAAAACGGUUCUAAAUUAAAAGAAAAAGGCAUUUAUGAGAAACAAAGCAGACAAAGAUCCGUUGACGUUAAGAUUGUAACUAACCCAGAUGAGGUCAAGUUUUUCUAUGUUCAAAAUGCAGAUAAGACUACGGAAGUUUUCAGAAUUCGAACUUCAUCAGAGCUUUCUAAAGCAUUGAAGAAAAGAGAAAAAAGAUUGAAGGAGAAAGGUAUUAGUGAGGAUGAAAUUCAAGAAAAGAUUAAAUCCUCCUUCGUUAACGAUAUUAUUCAACCAUUCCAAGUUGUUAGGUCAUCAUUCAAAUUUAAAUCUGCUGCAUGGACGCGUUGCUCGUUAUCUAAAUUGGAGUUAGUAUUUACUACCUCUAAUAACACCAUUGAAUAUUAUUCAAUCCCUUACAAAAACCAGAAACCGACUCAGGUGGCUGCUAGCAAACUAUAUACCAUCGAAUUACAAGGCCAUAGGACCGAUGUGCGCUCCAUUGACAUCAGCGAAGAUAAUAAAUUAUUAGCUGCGGCAUCUAAUGGUAUGUUAAAAAUUUGGAAUAUUACGACUCAAAGCUGUAUCAGAACCUUCGAUUGUGGCUAUGCAUUGUGCUGUAAAUUUUUGCCUGGUGGAACUUUGGUUGUCGUGGGUACGAGAGGUGGAGAGUUGCAGUUGUUCGACUUAGCCUCUUCCAUAGUUUUGGAGAAUAAGGAGGCUGCUCAUGAUGCGGCGAUUUGGUCAUUAGACUUGACCAGUGAUGGAAGAAGAUUGAUUACGGGCUCUGCAGAUAAAACCGUUAAAUUCUGGAACUUCCAAGUUGAAAAAGAACUAAUUUCAUCGAGCACUGAUAAAUACAACUCCAGAUUGCAGAUGGUUCAUGAUACCACUCUAGAAUUAGGUGAAGAUAUCCUAUCUGUAAAAAUUUCACCUGAAGACAGAUUUUUAGCGGUAUCGUUAUUAGACAACACUGUAAAGGUCUUCUUUUUGGAUUCAAUGAAGUUUUUCCUAAGCUUGUAUGGGCACAAACUACCAGUAUUAUCAAUAGACAUAUCUUAUGAUUCAAAAUUGAUCAUUACAUCAUCUGCAGACAAAAAUAUUAAAAUUUGGGGCCUGGAUUUCGGUGACUGUCACAGGUCAUUAUUUGCCCAUCAAGACGCAAUCAUGAAUGUUAAAUUUGUUCCGCAGAGCCACAAUUUUUUUAGUUGUGGUAAAGAUGGUGUGAUCAAGUAUUGGGAUGGUGUAAAAUUCGAUUGCAUUCAGAAGCUAAUUGCUCACAAAAGUGAAGUAUGGGCGUUAGCAUUAUCUAGUGAUGGUCAAUUCUUCGUGUCUGUUUCUCACGAUCGUAGUAUUAGGGUUUGGGAAGAGACAGAAGAUCAGGUAUUCCUGGAGGAAGAAAGAGAGAAGGAAAUGGAUGAACAGUACGAAGAGAAGUUGUUAAGUACUCUAGAGAACGAUGCCAGUGAUGAGAAAUUUGCUAGAAAUUCAGAGGAAGAUACAGAUGUGACAGAAGUGACAGAUGUUCAUAAACAAACAAUUGAAUCGCUAAAGGCUGGUGAACGAUUGAUGGAAGCUUUGGAUUUGGGUAUUUCAGAGCUUGAAGCGCAAGAAGAAUACCACCGUAAUUUAUUAUUGUGGAAUAAAAACAAAUCUGGUGAUCAGCCUAUGAAACCUCAAUCAAAUUCCAUUUUAAUCGCGGUAAAUAAGUUACCUGAGGAAUACAUAAUGGACACGUUGGUUAGGAUUAAGCCUGCACAGUUAGAAGAUGCUUUGUUGGUACUUCCAUUUUCCUAUGUGCUAAAAUUUUUAAAAUUCAUUGAUGCAAGCAUUGAGAAGAAGCAGCUAGUGAAUAAUCAUUUACCGUUGAUCUGUAGGAACCUCCUAUAUGUGGUUAAAAUAAACCAUAAAGAGUUGAUUGCCCAAAAAAAUGAGGAAUUAAAAUUACAGAUUAACAAAGUGAAAGACAAGCUACGGGCUGCAUUGAAGGGCAAUAUAGACGAUCUUGGGUUCAACAUUGAAGGUUUGAAGUUCAUUAAACAACAGUGGAAUGUUAAACAUAACUUCGAAUUUGUUGACGAAUAUGAUCAACGGGACGCUGAAACGAAGUCUUCUAAAAAGAGGGUUUUCACUACAGUCUAA